UACCUCAGCUCAACUUUGACUUUAUUAAGAUUCAAAGGGUCUUGAAAUUCCAGCCCACGUACCAUAAAAUCAAGAACCCAACUACCCCAACAAGAUAAUAAUAAUAAUACUACAAAGACCAACUUCAUCAGAAUCAUAUUUUUUUUCUUAUUAUAUAGUAUUUUUUUUUUUAACCUUUGUAAAGAUUCCCAUUCUUGGCAAGUCCGAACAAGAUUUGCUUUAGAAACCCAAAAAAGUUUAUAUCUUUGGAUAGAUUUCCUAAUUAAUACCCCAGAAAAGCUCAUUUUUUACGCUGUGGGUUUGCAAUGGCAUCAUCAUUGAGGGGCAUUUUCUUCACUUUAUUGGUUUUUGUUGGACUCAUAUUUACACAGAUCAAAGCUGAAGCUGAGGCAUCUGUGGAUGAUGAAGUGGAAGUGGUUAAAUCCCAUGUUUCCAGUGCUGCAGAGCUGGACCAUCUUAAGUCCAAGAUCCAAUCUUUGGAAUCAAAUGUGAAGGACACUGUCUCGGAACUGAAACAGAAGGAUGAAGCCAUUGCUGUCAAGGAGGAAAUGAUAAAAGAGAAAUCAGAAACAAUUGCUUCAUUGCUAGCUCAGAUAGCUUCUCUCCAAGAAAAAGGUAUAUUGGAUGCUGAGGAGAAACUUAAAAAGGCUCAUGCACGAGUUGAUCAACUAGAAAAGCAAGUCGAAACACUAAAAAAGGAAGUCGAUAUGAAGAAUAAGGAGAAAAAAGAGUUGGGAACCCAGAUGAAUGAAUCAGAGAAGAGAGUAACUGAAUUAAAUUCAAAAGUUGAGAAGCUUCAAAAGACCGUUGACGAGCAGGAUGCAAAAUUAAGAAAAACUGAACGCGCUCUUCAGAUUGCUGAGGAGGAAAUGAUUAGAGCUAGAUCUGAAGCCACGUCAAAAGCUCAGCAGCUCGGAGAGGUGCAUGGUGCAUGGCUUCCGCCUUGGCUUGCAGUUCAGUUGACUCAUUUCCAGUUUCUUUUGGAGAAGCACGGAAAACCUGCUAUGGACAUAGUGAUAAAGAAGGCUACUGAAAAGAAGGUCCAAGCUGAAACAUGGGCUGCACCACAUGUGGAAACAAUCAAAACACAAUGGAUACCAGUUGCGAAGGAAAAGUGGUUGGUGAUUUCCACUACCGCCGAGCCACAUCUACAAUUGCUAACUACAAGAGCUCUUGAAAUCUACAAGACAUCUAAAGGCGCCAUAACUCCACAUAUUCUCAAGGUUCAAGAACUAGCUACUCCUCAUGUUCAGGAAAUUAAGAAAGUCAGCAAGCCGUACAUUGAUGAUGUUGCUGCUGCUGCAAAACCACAUGUUGAAAAAAUUCGUGUUGCUGCCAAGCCAUAUACAGAGGUGGCAGUUCAUCAUUAUGGGAAGUUCCUUGAGUCUGCAACUACAUACCAUAAUCAGCUUCAAGGCACAGUCAAAGAAACACUGGAAAAUCACGACCUUACAAAAUCUCUCGCAACAAAGGAGCUGAUUUGGUUUGCUGCCUCAGCAUUGUUGGCUUUGCCCAUUAUAAUUCUGUUCAAAUUCUUAUCUGCCAUCUUCUGUACAAAGGCAAAGGAAUCUGAUCACAGUGGUAAUUCACCCAAUUCACAUCGUAAGGCCAACAGGGGACAUCCAGACAUGUAGGACAAAUGAUAUUGACUUCUUUUCAUCAAAACUGAGUCACACUUUAAUAGUUCACAGAUUGGCUGUCCUUUACUCCCUGGGCCAUUUGAGGUUUUAUCCCUCUACAAAUUUUUUUUUGCUUGUUCAUGAAGCUUUUGCCUUAGGUUUUUUCAUUUUUGGGUUGUGUAUAAGGCCAAAGAAAUGGAGAUACAUAAACUUUAAGUUUGAAAAUUUUGUGGUGGUGUAUCACAACUUUCGCUUUGGAUAGUCAUAGUCUCAUUAUUCAUGUAUUAUUGUUUUUAUUAUUAUCAGUCCAACAUGUUGCCACGUUUUCCUCA